CUCCCCUCCUUUUUCCCUCCUCUCCUUUUUCCCUCCUCCCUCCUCCUCUCUACUCUCGGCCACUCUGGCCUGACACAUGAAGCCCGCCAGCUGAGUAUUGUCCUAAAAGAAAAAAGGAAAAAAAAAAAAGGGGGGGUGGGAAGAAAAAAGGAUGAUGUGUGUGUGUGCGUGUGUGUGUCUAUAAGGGGGAGUCACGUGACCCGAGAGGAUUUAUAACAGUUUUUUUUUUUUUUGGUUGCAACAAAGAAUUUUGCAAUGUGUAUUAAGAGGCCCUGCAGCUGAGAUGGGACAGUGAGAGAGUCUGGCAAGCAGGACCCAUGCAGCCCUCCUGGACACUGAGGAGGGCCGCGGGCCUGCCGCCCUGCUGCUGAAACAGCAUGCAGUCCUUUCGGGAGCAGAGCAGUUACCACGGAAACCAGCCGAGCUACCCGCAGGAAGUCCACGGCGCGGCGCGGCUAGAGGAGUUCAGCCCCCGCCAGCAGGCCCAGAUGUUCCAGAGCUUCGGCGGGGGCGGGCGGCGGGGGACGGCCGGGGCCGCGGCGGCGGCGGCCAUGGCCGGCGAAGGCUCCGGACACCAGAACUACCAGGGUUUCCGGAAGGAGGCGGGCGAGUUCUACUACAUGGCCGCCAAUAAGGAGCCCGGAGCGGGAGGCCAGCAGCCCCAGCGCCGGCCGUCGGGGCCCGUGCAGAGCUACGGCCCCCCGCAGGGGAGCAGCUUCGGGAGCCAGUACGGGGGCGAGGGACACGUGGGCCAGUUCCAAGGCCAGCAUUCGGCCCUCGGCGGGGUGUCCCAUUAUCCGCAGGAUUACACGGGCCCGUUCUCCCCCGGGAGCUCCCAGUACCAGCCGCAGGCCUCCGGCCAGCAGCAGCAGCAGCAGCAGCAGCAGCAGCUGAGACAGCAGCUGUACCAGUCCCAUCAGCCCCUGCCCCAGGCCUCGGGCCAGGCCGCCUCCGGCCCGGCCCACCUGCAGCCCAUGCAGAGGCCGUCGGGCCUGCCCUCCUCCGCCGCCGGCUACCAGUUACGCGUGGGCCAGUUCGGCCAACACUACCAGUCCUCCGCCUCCUCCUCCCCGUUCCCUUCCCCCCAGCGUUUCGGCCAGUCCGGGCAGAGCUACGACGGCAACUACGGGGUGAACGCCGGCUCGCAGUACGAGGGCCACGCCGUGAGCGGCAACGCCCAGGCUUACGGGACGCAGUCCAACUACAGCUAUCAGACCCCGCCGAUGAAAGGCUUCGAGCAGUCCAAGAUGCCCCCGGGAGGGCAGCAGCAGCCGCCGCCGCCUCAGGGCGGGGGGCAGCAGGGCGGGGGGCAGCAGGGCGGGGGGCAGCAGCAGCAGCACCCCCCGCCCCAGCACGCGAUGCAGUACGCCAACGCCUCCAAACUGUCCCUGCAGGGCAACGUGGGCCAGUACAACCAGCCCGAGGUGCCCGUGCGGUCCCCCAUGCAGUUCCACCAGAACUUCAGCCCCAUCUCCAACCCGUCGCCGGCCGCCUCGGUGGUCCAGUCGCCCAGCUGCAGCUCCACCCCCUCCCCGCUGAUGCCCAGCGGCGAGACCCUUCAGUGCGGCCAGGGCAACCUGCCCCUGGGCUCGCGGAACCGCAUCCUGCAGAUGAUGCCGCAGCUCAGCCCGACGCCGUCCAUGCUGCCCAGCCCGAACUCUCACGGGGCGGGCGGCUUCCGGGGGUCGGCCGGGCUGGAGGGGCUGCAGGAGAAGCGGCUGACGGACCCGGGCCUGAGCAGCCUGAGCGCGCUGAGCACGCAGGUGGCCAACCUCCCCAACACGGUCCAGCACAUGCUCCUCUCGGACGCCCUGGCCCCUCAGAAGAAGAACUCCAAGCGGUCGUCUUCGUCCUCCAAGAAGGCGGACAGCGGGACCAACUCGGAAGGGUCCUCCCAGGCCGAGGAGCAGCUCAAGUCGCCCCUGGCCGAGUCCCUGGACGGGGGCUGCUCCAGCAGCUCCGAGGACCAGGGCGAGCGGGUGAGGCAGCUGAGCGGCCAGAGCACCGGCUCCGACACCACCGCCUACAAGGCCGGCGCCUCGGAGAAGGCCGCCUCCUCGCCGGCGCCCGGCCCCCAGGGCGAGCCGCCCAAGCUCAGCGCCAGCCCCGCCGCCCGGGACGAGGCCGCCGCCCCCUCGCCCGAGGGGCGGGAGGCCGCCCCCGCCGCCGAGGGCGCCCCCAAAGUCAACGAGAAGCCCGUCGGGGUGAUCGUCUCCCGGGAGGCCAUGGCCGGGCGGGUCGAGAAGGCGGGCGGGCAAGAUAAAGGAGCCCCCGAGGAGGAUCCGGCCGGAUCCCGCACCCCGCCCGGGGCCGGCGGGGCCAAGGAAGGUGGGCCCGGCCCCCUCCAGCCGCCGGAGCCCCCCGCGGGGGCCAAGGCAGGCAAGGGCGGGGAGCCCAGCACGCACCACAACGGCGAGGGCGGCGGCCCGGCCGGCCACCCGGGGCCCGGCCCGAGCCCGGCCGGCCGCGCCGAGCCGUCCAAGUCGCCCGGGAGCCUGCGCUACGGCUACAAGGAGGGCGGCGGGGGCGGCGGGCCCCGGCCCGUCGCCGGCUUCCCCCCCUACCCGGCGGGGCCGGACAAGGGGGACCCGGCGGGGCACGGCGAGCGCAAGGGCCGCGGCGAGAAGUUCCCCAGCCUGCUGCAGGAGGUCCUGCAGGGCUACCACCACCACCACCACCAUCACCCCGAGCGCCGCUACCCGCGCGCGGCCCAGGAGCAGCACCAGGGCGGGGCCGGGGGCCCGGAGGGGGCCCUGAGGCCCAACGUCCUCGUCGGCCAGCCCAACGAGCUGGCCGGCCGGGGCCUGCUGAACAAAAGCCUGGGCUCCCUCCUGGACCACCCGCACUGGGGCCCCUGGGAGAGGAAGGCGGGCGGCCCGGUCCCCGACCUGAAGCAGAUCAACCUGGCGGACUACCCGAUCCCCAGGAAGUUCGACGUGGAGGCCCAGGCGGCGGGCCACGAGCCCGGCGGGCCGCUGUCGGAGCGGCGCUCGGUCAUCUGCGACAUCUCGCCGCUGAGGCAGCUGGUCCGGGAGCCGGGGGCGCACUCCCUGGGCCACCCGGGCCGCAACGAGCGCCUCACCCCGACCCAGUCGGUCAUCCUCCCCGGGGGGUUGGUGUCCCUGGAGGCCAAGCUCAAGGCCCAGAGCGGCCAGAUCAAGGAGGAGGACCUGGAGCGGGCCAAAGCCCAGGCCGGGCUCAACAACCGCAAGGCCGGCGAGCUCUGCCACCCGGCGGGCAUCAAGCACGAGCCCCACCGGGGCGGGGCCGGCCCCGCCUCCCACGACCCCCUCUCGGACUACGGCUCCCACCAGGAGGGCCGGCCGGCCCAGAUGAGGAGGGCGGCCGGCCGGGCGGGCGGGGGGCGGGAGAGCCUGCGGGGCCGCUCGCCCUCCCAGUACCACGACCUGGCGGAGAAGCUGAAGGCCUCGCCCGGGCGGAGCCGCGGCCCCGGCGGGGACGCCCACCACCUGAACCCGCACCUGGCCUUCUCGGAGCGGGCCAACCGCGGCCUCCACGCCCCCUUCGCCCCCAACUCCGACAGCCUGGCCUACCACCCCAACGCCAGGACCCACGGCUACGGGGAGCCCAACCCGGCCCUCAACUCGCAGCUGCACUACAAGCGGCAGAUCUACCAGCCGCCGCCCCCGCCGCCGCAGCAGCCGCCGCCGGCGCCCGAGGACUACAAGGAGUGGGGCGGCGGGGCGGCCCAGGGGGUGAUCGCCGCGGCCCAGCACCGGCAGGAGGGCCCGAGGAAGAGCCCCCGGCAGCAGCAGCAGCAUCAUCAGCCGCAUCACCAUCAGCAGCAGCAGCAGCAGCAGUUCCUGGACCGGGUGCGCAGCCCGCUGAAGAACGACAAGGACGGGAUGAUGUACGGCCCCCCGCCCUCCUACCACGACGCCGCCGGCCAGGAGGCCGCCCGCUGCCUGCUGGCGGGCGACCCGAGGCCCGGCCCCCAGAAGCCGCAGCCCCACGAGGCCUGCUGGGACCUGUCCCGCCAGGCCUCCCCGGCCAGGAGGGGCGGCGCCCCCGGGGGGGCCGGCCAGAAGCGCUACGGCCCCCCGCCGGAGCCCGACGGGCACGGGGCGGCCGAGCCCGGCCAGGCGGCCAAGCCCGGCAACGUCCUGCUGAGGCUCCCGGGCCACGAGGACCCGUCGCCGCAGAACCCCCUGAUCAUGAGGCGGCGGGUGCGCUCCUUCAUCUCCCCCAUCCCCAGCAAGCGGCAGGCCCAGGAGCUGAAGCACGGCGCCGCCCAGGACCGGGGCCGCCUGCUCCAGGCCUCCCGGGAGGGGGCCGACCGGGCCUACAACUCCUACGCCCACUUCUCCCACGGCCAGGAGGUCAAGUCGGCGGCCAAGAGGGAGGCCUCGAGGGAGCCUCCCGGCCCCGAGGGCCGGGGCUGCCCCGCCGGCCCCCUGGCCGGCCCGGCCAAGACCAAGAUCCUGCCCCCCCGCAAGGGGCGGGGCCUGAAACUGGAAGCCAUCGUCCAGAAGAUCACGUCCCCCAACAUCAGACGGGGGGCCGCCCCCGGCGGCGCCGAGAGCGGGGCGGACACCGUGACCCUGGACGACAUCCUGUCGCUGAAGAGCGGCCCGCCCGAGGGGGGCCCCGGCCCCGAGGCGGAGCCGGAGAAGAGGAAGGGGGAGGCCGCCCGCGAGGCGGCGGCGGGGGGCCCGGCCGCCCCAGAGCGGCACGGCCCCGCCCCCGCCGGCCCCCCGCCGCCCGGGGCCCCCGAGGAGUGGCGCGGCGGCCAGGACCCGGUCAAGGAGGAGAGUCCCGACGCGGGCGGCGGCGGCGGGAAGGAGGCGCCGGGAGCCGGGCCCGCCCCGGCCCCCCAGAAACCCCCCGGCAGGCCGGAGGGCGGCCCCCUCGGGGGGACCGGCCCCCCGGCCUUCCCCGAGACGAAGAGCGGGCCCCCCGGGGGCCUCCCGCCCCCCGAGCCCCACCCGAAGCCCGACGAGAAAGACGGAGAGGCGACGACCGUCUCCCCGAAGCGUGACGGCUUCCCCCCGAAGGGCUACUUCCCGUCGGGGAAGAAGAAGGGGCGGCCCAUCGGCAGCGUGAACAAGCAAAAGAAACAGCAGCAGCAGCAGCAGCAGCAGCAGCAGCAGGCCCCGCCUCCGCCGCCCCCGCCCCCGCCCCCGCCCUCGGAGGGAUCGGGGGACGGCGAGCCCAAGCCCAAGAAACCGAGGCAGAGGAGGGAGAGGAGGAAGCCCGGGGCCCAGCCCAGGAAGCGGAAGGGCAAGCAGGCGGUCCCUAUCGUGGAGCCCCAGGAGCCCGAGAUCAAGCUCAAGUACGCCACCCAGCCCCUGGACAAGACGGACGCGCGCAACAAGUCCUUCUUCCCCUACGUCCACGUGGUGAACAAGUGCGAGAUCGGGGCGGUGUGCACCAUCAUCAACGCCGAGGAGGAGGAGCAGAGCAAGCUGGUCCGGGGCCGCAAGGGCCCGCGCUCCCUCACCCCCCCGCCGGGCAGCGCCGAGGGCAAGGCCCUGCCCGCCUCGUCCUUCGUCCUGCAGGGGCCCGUGGUCACCGAGUCGUCCGUCCUGGGCCACCUGGUCUGCUGCCUCUGCGGCAAGUGGGCCAGCUACCGGAACAUGGGCGACCUGUUCGGCCCCUUCUACCCCCAGGAUUACGCCGCCACUCUGCCCAAGAACCCGCCUCCCAAGAGAGCCACGGAAACGCAGAGCAAGGUCAAGGUACGGCACAAAAGCGCUUCCAACGGCUCCAAGACCGACACGGAGGAGGAGGAGGAGGAGGAGGAGGAGGAGGAAGAGCGGCCGAAGGAGCAGCGGAGCCUGGCCGCCCACCCCCGGUUCAAGAGGCGACAUCGCUCCGAGGACUGUGGCGGAGCCCCCCGCUCCCUAUCCAGGGGCCUCCCUUGUAAAAAAGCGACCGGCGAGGGCGGCGGCGGCGGCGGCGGCGAAAAGACUCCUUCGGACUCCAGACCCCCCGUGCCCGCUGCCGAAGGUGGCCCUGAGCCGGAGUUACAAAUUCCCGAACUACCUCUUGACAGCAAUGAAUUUUGGGUCCACGAGGGUUGCGUUCUCUGGGCCAAUGGGAUCUACCUGGUCUGUGGCAGGCUCUAUGGGCUGCAGGAAGCUUUGGAAAUAGCCAGAGAGAUGAAAUGUUCCCACUGCCAGGAGCCAGGAGCCACCCUAGGCUGCUACAACAAAGGCUGCUCCUUCCGAUACCAUUACCCGUGUGCCAUCGAUGCAGAUUGUUUACUAAACGAAGAGAAUUUCUCAGUGAGGUGCCCCAAGCACAAGCCUCUCCUCCCCUGCCCUCUUCCCCCCUUGCAGAACAAGACGGUCAAAGGCAGCCUCAGCACAGAGCAGUCGGAGCGGGGGUGAGGGGGGCAGUGUGCUCGUGGGAAUGGAAAUAAAAGCAAGCACAGGUUAGGCUGUUGAGAUAAGAAGGUGGUGGACGCUCGUGACUGAAUGGAAUCUCUGUCCCACUGUGUGCAGCCACGACCCUCCCACCCCCACCCCUGAUGUGCCUGCCCAUGCCAGCACUUCCUUCAUAAAUUCUUUCAUCACACUUGACUGGUGACAUCACAGGAAAUGCCCGAGGAGGCGGAAUGGCUGUUUCCAUGGACACAAUCUCCAUAGUGACAAUGUUUGGGGGGG